AUGUCCGAAGAGUACCGCAUUGCCGUGGUCACUGGUGCGGGGCAGGGAAUCGGCAGGACGAUUGCAUUACGACUUGCAGAUGAUGGAUUUGACGUCGCUGUGAACGAUCUUGCAAGCAAUUCGGAUGCUCUCGCGUCGCUUGUGGGAGAGCUGCAGAUGAAAAGACGACGAGCCAUUCCGAUUGUUGCAGAUAUAACGGAGGAGGCUAAUGUCGAGGGAAUGAUAGCCAAGGUGGUACAAGAACUAGGAGGAUUGGAUGUCAUGGUAGCAAACGCUGGUAUCGGUGGAUUGCUAGUGCCGCUCACAGAACUACCGGUGAAAGAGUGGGAUCGCGUCGUUGCGGUCAACCUGCGUGGUGUUAUGUUGUGUUACAAACAUGCAGCAGAACAAAUGAUCAAGCAGGGACGCGGAGGGCGAAUCAUCGGCGCCUCCUCGCAACUGGGAAAACAGGGACAAGCGUCUGCGUCUGCGUACUGCGCGACAAAGUUCGCAGUAAGAGGGCUCACGCAGUCACUUGGUGAUCUCACUUGUAUCAUGACUUUGCUCGUUCUCACCCUAAUGCAUUUCGACACAGCGCUGGAACUCGCUGAACACAAGAUCACAGUGAAUGCGUAUGCUCCGGGAACCGUUGAUACGCCCAUGUCACGGGGCUUCUUGGGCGACGAGUGGUUUUUGAAUACCCGGCAAAGAGGAGAGAUGAAUCCAUCAGUUUUUGCAGAACCAACUGUUAUAGCGAGUAUCGUGUCGUAUCUAGUCAAACCAGAGACAUAUUUCGUUACGGGGCAAGCCAUUAACGUGAAUGGAGGGACAUUGAUGGACUAA